CGUGAGAGCGGCGUGGGGGCGGGGAGGAGAGGCGGCGGCGGCGUCCGAGCUACGCCACACGGGGCCGGGGCGCCGGGAGCCGGAGCGCAGCGCGGGGUCGUGGCGGCGGCGGUGAGGGAAGCGGGGCGGAGGAGGUGGAGCCAUGGCGGGCCAGCAGUUCCAGUACGAUGACAGCGGGAACACCUUCUUCUACUUCCUCACCUCCUUCGUGGGGCUCAUCGUGAUCCCCGCCACCUACUACCUCUGGCCGCGAGACCAGAAUGCGGAGCAAAUUCGAUUAAAGAAUAUCAGAAAAGUAUACGGAAGAUGUAUGUGGUAUCGUUUACGGUUAUUAAAACCCCAGCCAAAUAUUAUUCCUACAGUAAAGAAAAUAGUUCUGCUUGCAGGAUGGGCAUUGUUCUUAUUUCUUGCCUACAAAGUUUCCAAAACAGACCGAGAAUAUCAAGAGUACAAUCCUUAUGAAGUAUUAAAUUUGGAUCCUGGAGCAACAGUAGCAGAAAUUAAGAAACAAUAUCGCUUGUUGUCACUUAAAUAUCAUCCAGAUAAAGGAGGUGAUGAAGUCAUGUUCAUGAGGAUAGCGAAAGCUUACGCAGCUUUAACAGAUGAAGAGUCUCGGAAAAAUUGGGAAGAAUUUGGAAAUCCAGAUGGGCCUCAAGCCACAAGCUUUGGAAUUGCUUUGCCAGCUUGGAUAGUUGACCAGAAAAAUUCGAUUCUGGUUUUACUUGUGUAUGGAUUGGCUUUUAUGGUUAUCCUUCCUGUUGUUGUGGGCUCUUGGUGGUAUCGGUCCAUACGAUAUAGCGGAGACCAGAUUCUAAUCCGUACAACACAGAUUUAUACAUACUUUGUUUAUAAGACUCGGAAUAUGGAUAUGAAGCGUCUCAUCAUGGUUUUAGCUGGAGCUUCUGAAUUUGAUCCUCAAUAUAAUAAAGAUGCCACAAGCAGGCCAACAGAUAAUGUUUUAAUACCUCAGCUAAUCAGGGAAAUUGGCAGCAUAAAUUUAAAGAAGAAUGAACCUCCACUUACCUGUCCAUAUAGCCUGAAGGCCAGAGUUCUUUUACUGUCUCAUCUUGCUAGAAUGAAAAUUCCUGAGACACUGGAAGAAGAUCAACAGUUCAUGCUGAAAAAGUGUCCUGCUCUGCUUCAGGAAAUGGUGAAUGUAAUCUGCCAGCUGAUAAUAAUGGCCCGGAGCCGUGAAGAAAGGGAGUUUCGUGCUCCAACUUUGGCAUCCUUAGAAAACUGCAUGAAGCUUUCCCAGAUGGCUGUUCAGGGGCUGCAGCAGUUCAAGUCUCCCCUUCUGCAGCUCCCUCACAUCGAAGAAGACAAUCUUAGAAGAGUUUCAAACCACAAAAAGUUCAAAAUUAAAAGUAUCCAGGAUUUGGUCAGUUUAAAAGAAGCAGAUCGUCAUAGUCUGCUACACUUCCUUGAAGAUGAAAAGUAUGAAGAGGUCAUGGCAGUUCUUGGGAGUUUCCCGUAUGUGACCAUGGACAUAAAAUCACAGGUGUUGGAUGAUGAAGACAGCAACAACAUCACAGUAGGGUCCCUGGUCACAGUGCUGGUUAAACUGACGAGGCAGACGAUGGCUGAAGUGUUUGAAAAGGAGCAGUCCAUCUGCGCUGCUGAGGAACAGCCCGCAGAAGACGGGCAGAGUGAUGCCAACAAGAACAAGGCAAAAGGAGGAUGGCAGCAGAAGAACAAAGGACCCAAGAAAAUGCCCAAAUCCAAAAAAAAGAAGCCUUUAAAAAAAAAACCCACAACUGUGCCCUUACCUCAGGGAAAGCAGCAGAAGCAAAAGCAGGCAAAUGGAGUUGUUGGGAGUGAAGCUGCAAUGAAGGAGGAGGAGGAGGACAUUUCUGACAAAGGCAGCGACUCUGAAGAGGAGGAGACCAAUAGAGACUCGCAGAGCGAGAAGGACGAUGGCAGUGACAGAGACUCUGACAGAGAGCAGGAUGAGAAGCAAAGCAAAGACGACGAAGCAGAGUGGCAAGAGCUACAGCAAAGUAUACAGAGGAAGGAGAGAGCUCUUUUGGAGACCAAGUCGAAGAUAACACACCCUGUGUAUAGUCUUUACUUUCCCGAGGAAAAACAAGAGUGGUGGUGGCUUUACAUUGCAGAUAAGAAAGAGCAAACAUUAAUAUCUAUGCCGUAUCAUGUGUGCACACUGAAGGACACAGAAGAGGUAGAGCUGAAGUUCCCUGCACCUGGCAGGCCUGGGAAUCACCAGUACACAGUGUUUCUGCGGUCGGACUCCUACAUGGGCCUGGACCAGACUAAACCACUGAAGUUGGAAGUUCAUGAGGCCAAGCCCGUGCCAGAAAACCACCCACAGUGGGACACAGCAAUAGAAGGUGACGAAGACCAGGAAGACAGUGAAGGAUUUGAAGACAGCUUUGAGGAAGAGGAGGAGGAAGAGGAGGGUGGUGACUAAGCCGUGUGAGUGGACCACAGCAUUUGCACGUCCUGCAAACACCUGCUGCUUUGUAAGUGACGAUCAAGCAGAAGCAGCAGAGAACUGGUGGGGAGGGAAGUGUUGGCGUCUUUACUGGAAACGGAUGCGAAAAAUAGGCCAUUGGUGCCAGGUACAAUCUGAAAGGGGUUUAAAGCCUUUCUCAGGUGUGGGGUGGUGCGUUGAUCUCACUACAAAUGAUAAUAAAUCUUUGAUGUUACAACUGUCGGAAGUGUGGGCUGUGCGUUACCUGGUGGAUCAUGCUCACAGUAAGUCAAGGUGCACGAGGACUCUCUCUCUCCUUGUUGAGCUUUAGUUUUAGUAAACAUUAAAUAUGAUAAACAUCACAAAUAUGUUUUAAGUAAUGUCUGCUCAAGUUUCUAAUCUGUUAGAUGCUCUUGUUCAUUUAUCAAUACUUUACAAGUGCUAAGAUUGUAACAGUUCAUGUGAGCUGAAACCUUAAUUUUCAUCUAUCUUGGCCAUCACUUAACAUUCUCACACAUUCCACAUAAUACAGAGGGCUACAUUUUAGAAUUUUCCGUUCUUAAUUGCCCAGAGUUAGCAGAAAUUAUAGAAGUGGCUUUGGGUGGCUUUCAGACAGCCUCUGACAGCCUCUGACAGCCUCUGACAGCCUCCGGUGGUGUCAGUGCAGGGUCUAGGUCAUCCGAUAGGCUUCAGGGCCAGAUUGAUUGAUUGUGGGACCACAAGUUCUCUGAUGUUUGCUUUGUGUCGUCAACCUUUUGGAAAAGGUUCACUAUAAAAGCUGAAUACAUUCGUAGCUUUUAAUCUACCUGACUCUGUCAGCAGCCUUUUAAAGGCAGUAAACAGCAUACAAAGGAGGCAGGUUUAUACUCAUUUGGACUCCUGUCAAUAAAAUAGAACUUUGAUUCAUUUUAUGUUUGUAAUUGUGUGUGUCUUUUUACUCCUAGAGAAAGGGCAUAAAUAGGAUACUGUUUUAUUUUUCAACUCAAAGUUUAAUAUUGUACCUCACUGUGGAAGUGACUGCUAUCUCUGUAUACUCUUGGAAAACCCAGGAGCAAAAACUUUUUCUCUCAUUUAGUACAACCUAAAAGGGCAGUGCUCAACAUAGGGUAGAAAUAUGUGUGUGUGGUGAGUCACUGAGGUCAGAGGAAUAUUUUUAUUACUAGACAUAGAGGACACACAGUCUACAAUACUAUAAGACUGAUCGCAAUAAUCCUAUCAAACUCCAUAGGCCAAAGUACUGUUGCAAUACUAACUUACGACCUUGUUUAUUUAAAAGGUUGCUACUCUUCCUGCAGAAUUAUCACUGGUAUUUUGUUACUACAGUAGUUGGAAAUAAAAUUUGAGAAUUACCAAAAAUAUGAAUUUUUUGUUGUUGUUCUAAAUUUAAGAUGUAACACUUAAUAGUUGUUCUCAUUGAACCUUGCUCCCUGGGUGAGUGAGACCUUCCCUUCCUCUGCAGGCACAAGCGUGCGGGUUUGCCUUCAGAUCAGGUCGUACUGGGAAGAUCCGGGGUUGGCUGUAGCCGAUAGACAUGCAAGUGUGAGGGAGUGAGUCAGCUUGAGUCAGGUGAGAGGAAAACAGUGAGCAGAAACGGAACACAAGGAGUUGUGGUUUUUUCAUUUCCUAUUUACUGAAGUAGCCAGGCUCAGGGAAGUCUUCUCUAGGUCUCUUUUCCCUCGGAAGGAGUAGGCAGACUGUUCAGACACUUGGCUUCUUUGGUUUGAGAUUGUCUGGUGAGGAUUUUACACCAUGCUUAUAAAACACCAUGUCUUCCACAAUUGGAAAUGCAACAGUUUGCUUAUGUUUGCCGAUUUUGUGAUGUGAAUUGACAUCUCAACCUAAAGAACCAGUCUUCCUCUAGAAGUGCUCUUGUGAAAGGCUUCAGUUAGGUGCUCGUCUCUCCUCAGCCACUAAACGCCACAUCCCUUUUUUCUCUGGAUUAGUAAUUUGUCCUAGUUUGUGUUUAAUUGAAAGGAAAUACAGAGUGAAAUUGAUUAUAUAUGAAAUUAAGUAGUUUACAUUGUGUAAAAGUUUUAAUCUCUAAGUUUGCAGAAUGUCUGUCAAAAUACAGCUUUUCACAAGGAGAUUUAUUACUUAAGUUGAGAGUGUGGUGGGUGCCAAGAUUAACACUGGAAGGCUUGACUGAGGUCUCACACCCAAAACGAGAUACUUGUGUUCUCUAAAAUUUUGUGAUUUUUGAAAAGAAUUGAGCACAUUGAAUUAAGGUUCUGUAUAUGGAGCCGUCUCGUUCUUUGCUCUGCCUUUCCCAGCAUUCCCUGGGGGGUGGGGAAGAGCAGGCUGUGGAGGAGUGAUACCAUUCUCCUGCUGCCAGGAAGCUCAGUCCUGUAAGAGGUGAAGUGGAACCAGGGAGUGUCCUGAGGCUUUUUAGUGUGAUUUGAUUUGGUUUUUGAGUUUUUGAAACUCACUAUAUAUAGCCUAGGCUGGCCUUGAGCUCACAGUGUAGCCCAGGUUGUGGACCUUGUGAUCCUCCUCGAGCCUCAGCCUGUUGAGUAAUAGGAUCACAGACGAGAGCCACCACACCUGGUGUUAACACACUACGUUUAUUCAGGUCUCUGGCCCAGCCGGCACCCACCAUACACUGCAGUGCUGUUUAGCACGCACGUGUAUUGCAGAGCACUGCAUGUUUCUGAGGGAUUGUUGCCAUGGAUGCAGAGUGUCCUCUCCAGGCUCGGUCGUGUGUGCUGCAGACAUGGACGCUCUGUUAAGGACUUCACUUGGACUUAGGAGGCACAUGGGUGGGAAUUCCUUUGCUUUCUCUCUUGCACAGCAGCCAGCAUCUAGGACGCCUGCCUGCCUCCCUCCCUCCCUCCCUCCCUCCCUCUUUCUUACUUUCCUUUCUUGUUCUGUUGUUGUUUGUCAUUUGCUUGAUCCUGGCACUAGGCAGGGGAAUGAUUUUUUAGAACUAGCUAUUAAGUUGGCCUUUGCCUGUCCCCUCGUCCCCUUUGGAUAAAGCAACUUGCAUCCUUUGUUUUCCAAUGCUUCUUUUUUGAAGCAUUUUCUCAACUCUAUGAAUCCCCUAUUCAGUCUGCCUUAAGGUGAAACAGCCAUCAGUGGCCUAGCGUGACAGCGUCCCAGCCGUGCAGUGGUCAGCUAAGUGUGUCUCCAGAUGCUCCCGUCCUCACACUCCAGGGCUAUUUACAAACCUUAGCAAACAGGACAGACGCCACCCUGUACAUUUCCUGUAACUGAGCUAAAAAUCCAAAUAGCAGUCGUGGGCAUGCUUUAGGACUAUGGCUUCCAGCGGGGUACAUCCCGGGUGUGCAGACACUGAGUCCCCUGAGAAAAUGUUAAUGAUUCUUUGUAUUUAAUCUCAUCCUUUUAAAUUUCUAUUUUUAUGUGUUUUAUAAUGUACAUAAUAUAUUGUACAGUUGUACACUUAUAUAAUUUAUAAAUAAAUAAUACAUUUAUUGGUGCA